GGGGCGGGCGGCGGCCGGGGGCGCCCUCUCCUCCCCCUCGCGGGCGGCCAGGCUGACGGCGACGAGCCCCCUGCGCGCGGCACAUGGGGCGCUUGACCGAGGCGGCGGCAGCUGGCAGCAGCGCUUCAGUGGCGUGCUCUGCCGGGCCCCCUCCCACUCCCCUGCCCCUCUCUUCCACGUCCCCCGGGAGCGCGGCCACCAUGGCGUCCAGCGAAGAGGACGGCACCAACGGCGGUGCCUCGGAGGCCGGCGAGGAGAAGGAAGCCCCCGGCAGGAGAAGGCGCCUCAGCUUCCUGGCCACCGCCUGGCUCACCUUCUACAACAUCGCCAUGACCGCAGGGUGGUUGGUUUUAGCCAUUGCCAUGGUACGUUUUUAUAUGGAAAAAGGAACACACAGAGGUUUAUAUAAAAGUAUUCAGAAGACACUUAAAUUUUUCCAGACAUUUGCCUUGCUUGAGAUAGUCCACUGUUUAAUUGGAAUUGUACCUACUUCUGUGCUUGUGACUGGGGUCCAAGUGAGUUCAAGAAUCUUUAUGGUGUGGCUUAUUACUCACAGCAUAAAACCGAUCCAGAAUGAGGAGAGUGUGGUGCUUUUUCUGGUCUCAUGGACGGUGACUGAGAUCACUCGCUAUUCCUUCUACACAUUCAAUCUUCUCGACCACUUGCCAUACUUCAUUAAAUGGGCCAGAUACAAUUUUUUUAUCAUCUUAUACCCUGUUGGAGUUGCUGGUGAACUUCUUACUAUAUACGCUGCCUUGCCAUAUGUGAAGAAAACGGGAAUGUUUUCAAUAAGACUUCCUAACAAAUACAAUGUCUCUUUUGACUACUAUUAUUUUCUUCUUAUAACCAUGGCCUCAUAUAUACCAUUGUUUCCACAACUCUAUUUUCAUAUGUUACGUCAAAGAAGAAAGGUGCUUCAUGGAGAGGUGAUUGUAGAAAAGGAUGAUUAAAUGAUCCCUACAAACAAGGUGCUUUUUCCAGAAUAACCAGGAUUACUUGAAUCCAAGUUUUAAUAACAAGAAUAAACAGCUUCAUGAAAUAUCAUGGAAUGUAUUGUUUCUUAAAAUAUAAUCUGAGACUAAUGGUAUUUGCCAAUAUUUGUCUUUAUAUUGUGCCAAGUCUAUUUUUUAGAAGAACUGUGCAGUUAUUAUGAGCUCCUGGGUAGUUGUUGAUCAUUUAGAAAAUAAUUGGGUUUAUUACCUGGGGGGGCUUUUUAUUUUACUAAUUUUUUUGCGACUUAUGCUCAAGGCUUUUAAAAUCAAUAUCUACAAAUUAGUUUAAUAAUAUAACAUUAAGAUACCUGCCAGUGACAUUUGUGCAGUAUUUAUAAAUGAAAGUAGGUACAAAAUUAUAAUAACUUAUUAAGAAUGUAUUGGAACCCACAAUCUAUUUUUUCAAGUUAUGAGGCAGGAUUUGUGAUUAAUAACAAUAUUUACAAGUGGGAACAUCAUUUACUACGGUAAGCAUUUUGAAGUAACAUUGUGAAAAUCAGAACUAUUCAUGUAGAUAUCACAGUUUGAAAAAUUCUUUUGUUGUGAUUUUGGGUCCUCAGACAUGCUUAAAGCCCUGGGAAAUACUCUUUGAAAAUAUUUCUAGGCCAUUGAAAUUGUUUAUUAAGCAAAUUUAUUUUUAUUUGAAUAAACCUCUCAGAGAGGUUCAACUAGAAGGAUUUGAAGAGGUUAUAAACAUCUUUCUUGAAUUUUCUUGAAUUUUCUCUCCUCUGCCUUACACAAUAAACCUUUGUAUAUACUUUGUCUCCAUGGUAGAAAAAAAAUUUCAAUGUCUGGUCAUGAUGUUGUACUCAGAUCUCUGAUUGAGAAAGGCUGUUCUAUAAUGUAGAAUUUCUUAUAAAAAUCAUGUUAUGAUGAUCCCUGGUGGUACUUACAUAAUUCAGUUACCUGGUAUGAUCUAAAACAGACUUCAUUCUGAAUUCCACUGAAGAGUAUAAAGUCGUGUAAUAAAGCUCUUGCCUUCAUGUUUAAGGAAAAGAUACACUGAGCAUACUUCUGUUUCACUUCUUAAGUAGGUCCUUUGAAAGUUUUUCCUCAUAUUAUAGUAUGCUGAUUUACUGAACCAAGUUUAGAGGAAAUAAAUAUGUCUUUAAAAGAAAAGGAACUUUUUGCAUUUUGUGGACAUAUAGGCUUAAUUUUAGCUUUAAAUGUUCUGUAUUGUUUACAUUUACAAUCCAUGUGUGACAUUACACUUCUCAAAAUUGAUCAGUUGUGUGUUACUGUCUCCGUAACAGUUUUUUUUCAUGUAGAAUUUGGAGGUCAGAACAGUUUUUGCAAACUUAUUUUAAAUCACUUGAUUUUUUAAAAGGUGCUAUUUCUUUUGUUACAUUACAUUUUAAUGUUUUCUCUGCAGCUGAAUGUGAUAAGCAGUAAGUAUUAGUUUACUAAGUCUCAAUGUGAUACUGUUCAUUCUGGUCUUACGCUGCUUAGUCAGUUUUCAUCUUCAAUUUUUGUAUGAAAGAAUUGUUCAGUUUCUCCCAUUUGGUAAUAUAGCUUAAGAAAUUCACAUGUUCAUUUUAUGAAAUGCCUGUCUUGUGAAAAAUAUUUUUAAUCAGUCUCCUAAAAUUGAUACUGAUACAGCUGUAACUCCCCAAACAAUUAUAAUACUUCCCGCCUUAAGUUGUGGAAUAUCUUGAAGUAGGAAUUGUGAUUAACUAAUAAAAGUGAAAAGCUAUUUGAUGACCUAUGUUAAUAUGCUCAAAACAUGUCUGAACUUUAGAUUUAAUUUGUUAUCUUCUAUAGUCAAUUCUAAAUUGUCAUUUGUGUAGAAAAUAAAAAGCUAAAUGGUAGUUGGAAUUUAAAAAGAAAGAGUAUUUGAAAUUCCUUUGCAUUGUUUCCUAUGAUGACAUAUCCUUUUGAAUUUCUCUUAGUCUUCACAACUUGCAAUCAGCAAGUCAGGGCUUGAAUCAAAUAGAAUUUGAAUUCAGUCCUCUGUAGAUUUUGGCAUUUGGAAAACGUCAAAAUUUUUUGAUACUAGCAACUUUCAAUUGUAUUUGGUGGUGUUUACUGAAAUUCUGGUUGUUUGUAGUUUUUCAUAGCUUACAGUUUGAUAUAUAAUGUGCAACUUUUUGCAAUGUUCUAAUAUGAUUAUAAUAUAGCACAUCCCUGAUAUUUUUAACUUACAAAAAAGCAUGCCAAAA